AUGGUUGGAGCUCAGUGGUCGUUGGAGGAAGAGCGAUGCUUCUGGCAGCGCGUCAUCCCCAUCUCGCCAUCCCGAGCCGGCAUCGACGUCUCCACACGCGACGAGAACAAAUGGAAGGAGCUUGUCCCUCUGAUGGAGAGUUGGAUGGGAAAAGAGGCUCGGAGGAAGUAUACUGCUCAAAUGCUUUAUGAACACUGGUACCAGAAUUACCAGCGCAGUUACUCUCCAAAUGCCUACCAGUUUGUCCGCACAUAUCUCCUCAGCAUUGGCGGACUCGCAGAGGACCCCGAAGCACCCCGUCCAAGCAGGCCCGGCAGCUCCAGCAGACGUGGUGGCGUCAGGAAGAUAGUUAGAGGGACCAGCAGCCGCGGCAACAGAAGCAGUCUUCAGUCUCUUAGGGAAAGCCGCAGUGGCAGUGGUCGAUCCACCAUGAGCUCGUCGUCGCCACGCAACGGUGUCAACGAUGUCAACACCAGGCGUUCCGAGACCGAAUCUCUAGAUGCUGCUCCGUCGACAGCUAUCAACCACCAAACAUACCACACAUAUCCCACAACUGGUCUGUCCCACCGACAGUUGCCGUUUGCAAUCAUGGACACGGAGCAAUCCGGCCAUGGCUUCGCAGCCAUGCCAACACCGGGACCACAGUCCUUUUACAACGCUGCCCCACACUCCACAGACAGCGACAUUCGAGAGGCGGCGCUCCGUCUCACAGAGCUAGCGGCCUCGCGCCAGAUAAUCAGGCCGAGAGCGGACGGUAGCGAGCAUAGCGGCAGUUACUUUGGCAGUGUGGCCAGUGGCGGUAGCGGUAGCGGUGACGGCGAAUACGGGCAUACAGCGAACGUCCACGGCCAUUACCGGCAGUUACACGAGGCUGCGAACGGAUACGGAGCGGCUCCUGCUCUGUACCAUGCUCAUGGUGAGCACUUUGCAUACCCCAGCUCCGUGCCUGUGGUGGGCGUAUAUAAUUCCGCACAUCAGGGAAUGGCUCCUGGAAUCAUGGGACGAGGCCCGGUUCAUGGCGGCCCGUACCAGCUCCCUCCGCCUCUACCGCCGCGGCCACUCGCACAUUGUGAACAAUACUCUACGAUUCAAGGGGUCUUUUCCCGCGGGGGCUUCGAUCCCAGGCCGACCGAGGGGCCGCCAAACUCUGGACAAAUGCUGCAUGGACAGUCGGUGCAGAACGAGAACGUCCAGGAAAUGUCCAUAAAAGACUGUACCGGUAGCGAUGAUUCAGGACAACGUUGA